AUGCUCAAGACAAAGCCGCUAAAUGCGCUGCUCUCACAGUCGCUAUCAGAGCACGUGUCUUCGGUAAUCUUGUUCACACCGUCAGGCAACCUAUUAGCAUCGUCCGCCCCACCGAAUUCUACAGAUGCCAAGAAGGCGAGAGUACACGCUGCUCUGGCUGCGAAUAUCUGGUCCACGUACGAACGCGUAGCCACUGAUGGUCUUCUAAAAAAGGCGAUACCUUCCGUACCACAAGAUGCCGUACCGACUCCUUCGACAUCGUCCGGACGAGUACCAACAAACGUGGCGGCUAGCUCGAGCUCGAGCUCUAACUCUAAGUCGGGAUCUUCUGGAAGCCAGGACCAUGUCAAGACUCUCACUGUGGAAUUAACGGAGUAUAACCUUCACAUACAGCUUGUCUCGCCGAGAAUGCUUCUUGGGAUGAUUGGAAAGCAAGGGACCGGGCAUCCGUCGUCGAGUUCAAGUCAACACUCGAACGAGGGUUCGGAUCACGACCCCGGGGCUGGAUCUUCCAGAGGCGUCGGACCGUCACUUCGGCCGGGACCCGGACCCGGAGGACCAACGUCGGCGGCUGGCAGUGGAGGCCUCAGUAGUGGAGGGGCAAUGGGGGUUCUCAAAGUGACAGCACAAACACUGGUUGAUUAUCUCAAGAAGGAAUUGAAAGAUUUUGAACCGCCAGAAGACCUCUGA